AUGGACGAGAACCAGAUCACCGGCAGCGUCCAGUACGCCUUUGGCCCCGAUGGGGUCCUGGUAACAGGCCCAGUAUUGAUGGAUGAUCCAGCAACCGGCAAAAUCAUUUGCGCCUGCUGCCGGGUCCCCAAGGCAGAGCACAGCUUUCUGACCAUGGGCCCAUACAAUUUCAAAAGUCAGUUCUGUCUAGACUGCGAGAGACCUCGACCGGAGCAGCCUCCACCCUCGACAUUGGGCAAGCGAGUUUUGGAUACUGAGUCAGAACCAGAACACACAGUAUCCGAGCCUGAAGUGACAAAGAAGUCAAAGGGGAAAGAGACGGAUGAGCAAACUGAGUCAUCGGGUUCUUGA